AAGGUAUAGAAAAUGGAAGCAAGUCACGCUAUCAAAUUUUAUUUAAUAGCCGACUUAUUCAAAGAAGAUGUGAACCAGCUUAAACGGGGAGAAAAUGCGUAUUCAAGUGGGCACGUCAAGAAAAUGCUUUUUAAUGCUGAAACGCAACCUGCAUUUUUAAAAGGAGAAGUUCAAGCGAGCAUGAAGAAUAAAGUGUAUAAGGUUGAGGUGCACAUUCAUUUAAACGAAGGUGUAGUUUCAACCCAGUGUUCUUGCCCAAGGGGGCAAGCCCUUUGCCAUCAUAUUGCUGCACUUCUAUAUCAUGGACAUUAUAACAUCAGCUCUACGGAUAAGGCGAGGGAAUGGGGAGUGAAGGGAAAAGCAGCCGGAAAUAAAGACGAAAUUGAGACCAUCGAUAAACUGUAUCCCAGAGAACCUUAUUCAGCACUAGUAAGGGAAAUCAGUGCAAAUAAGAUCGAACAGUUCCGACACAAAUUGAGACAGUCAAAUGUUGUGGGAUUUGCAUGGCUACUUCAACCCGAAGCAAACAACGAAAUUUCAGUAUUGGUGCCUCCCAUUGACGAAAUCUUGUUCUCGGAGGCUUACCUGCAUGCUAAGAACAAGGAAGAAUAUCUACUCUCCCAGUGCGAAGUAGACCAACAAAAGAUUCAGCAAGUUGCGGAAUUCACAAUAGGUCAACACAAAAACGAAGGGUGGAUGAUUGCACGGAAAAUGCGAUUAACAGCCAGUAAAUUUGGAACUAUACUGUCCGCGUGCAAACGGGAUAAAUAUAGCCCUUCUCUAUUUAAAAGCCUUUUGGAGGGAUAUGAUCUGCAGAAAGUUCUUGCAGUGCAAUGGGGUAGAGAUCAUGAAGAGACAGCAUUAAAAACUUUCAUGGAAACGACCGGGAAAAAGGUGCAUCCAACAGGCUUAUGGCUGCAUGAAUGUGGUUUUUUGGGGGCUAGCCCUGAUGGUCUCAUUGAUACAGAUAAAAUAUUAGAAAUUAAGUGCCCCUACAAAUUUCGGAAUUGUACCAUCAGGGAGGGAGUUGCAGAUAAAAAAUACUUUUUUUAUUAUGAAAAUGAUCAGGUGGUGGUUGACACAUCACACCUAUACUUCCACCAAAUGCAGGGUCAGCUGUACAUUACGGGGCGUGACAUAUGUAUUUUUUUUGUGUGGACACCCUUUGAUUGUGAAUAUUUUGAAAUAGAAAAAGACCCAGAGUGGAUUGCAAAUCUAGAUAUUUUAAAAAAAUUUUAUUUGGAAAAAUUUAUACCAGCAAUUUUUGAGGUUAAAUAG